GGUUUCCUACUGAAAGCUUACUAAUCAGAACUUUAAGAUGUACCUAGACAAAUACCUGUUUCUUGUUUCUGCACUUGCCAUAUGUACCUCGGCUUCACAUUUCCUUGACCAAGAGUGGAAUGCUUGGAAAUCGAAAUAUGAGAAAAAAUACAUCAGUCAUGAGAGGGAAUUGUUCCGACGGAAAAUCUGGGAAGCCUCUUGGGAAAAGGUGCAGAAACAUAAUCAGUUAGCUGAUCAAGGGCUCAAAAAAUACAGAUUGGCGAUGAACCAAUUUGCUGAUAAAGCAGCCGAGGAGCAUAAUUCUAGAACUUGCUUUCGCUCAUCAAAAUCAGGAAGACUUGCCGAUGCUCCCGUUCAAAUAUAUGACAAAAAUACUGAGAUUCCAAAAGAGGCUGAUUGGAGAAACUCCAAAUGUGUUACUCCAGUUAGAAACCAAGGAGAGCUGUGUGGGUCGUGCUGGGCAUUUUCAAGUGUAAGCGUGCUUGAAUCCCGUUACUGCAUUAAGAAGAAACGGGUCAUUUACUUCAGCGAGCAGCAGUUUGUAGACUGUGAUGAGAAAAAUGACGGCUGCUGUGGAGGGAUGCCAAUAGAUGCAUUUGUACACGUCGCUGAAAAUGGAGUCAUGAGAAGAAAAGAUUAUGAGUACACACAACAGAAAAAUGAAUGUGGAUAUAACGCAGAGAAAGCCGUCAUGCUAAACGUAACCAAAUUCUACAGUUUACCUGGAGAACAAAACAUGGCCAUGUCUGUUGCACUAGAAGGACCUAUCACUGUUGCCAUUGGAGUAUCUGAAGAAUUGGGGAAGUACGAAAAAGGAAUAUUUGAUGGAGAAUGUGCAGAAGAGGUGAAUCAUGCAGUAACUAUUGUCGGCUAUGGCACUGAAGCAGCUAAGAAUGAAGGCGAAGAGGAUGAAGAUUACUGGAUAAUAAAGAAUAGCUGGGGGAAAGACUGGGGAGAAAAUGGCUAUAUAAGAAUGAAGAGGAAUGUUAAUCAGUGCGACAUAGCAACAGCAGCAGCUACUGUGGACUUCUAGGCUUCGAUCUGCGAGUCUCUUAAUAAAGCCCUCUAUUUGUCUUAAAGCUAUCUUUAAUGAUUAUGAAGCUUUUCUAAAUAAAGUACAACAUUGUAUAUAGAACUGCUAUGUUGUGUAGUGAACUCAAACUCCUGCUCACUAUUAGAUUUUGUUCAAGCCUUAUUAAGGGUAUCAUGCAUGUGACAAUAAUGCUUUUAUAUGCUACCACUUACCAUUUGAAAAAAAGCACCAAAACUGAUGUAAUAUUCACAAGUUGUCUGACAAGACCACAUAUAUCAAUAAACUGAUACAAUUUAUUCACUA